AUGCCAGACGGUCCUGUUGCCCGCCGUCACCACGUGGAGGUGCCCUGGUUACAGGCACAAGCAUUUAAGCAAGAAAUCGAUUCUGAGCCAAAAAAUUUCCUAGAAUUUGAUGAUGUCAACGUAAACAGUAAUAGAAAAGGCGUAACAUUAGAUGAAAUGUUAAAUCAAGAACAACAGUCCGAUGAUACAUUAUUGAUCUGUGUUAAAUGUCAUGAAAAAUUCAAAAAAUUCCAAAUCGCAUUAAUUAGUAGUGAAAUAAAAAAAGCAUUUACUGAGCUUGGUACAGAACACAGACGGAUUAAACAUUUUGAAAGUACAAAAUACUAUAUUGAACCCGUAGCUGAAGUAAUUGGAACUCAACGUAUAAGUAAAAAAGUUGGAGAUAAAGUAAUUUUACAUUUGAAAGAAAAAAAAGCUUAUAUAAUUCCUCUAGAUCUAACUCUAAAGAUAUUUUUAGAAAUUCCUGGAGUAUUUGAUGUAAUUUAUAAUUAUCAAAAGUCAUUAAUGCAAGAAAAAGCUAAAAAUAGUUCAAUUUUACGAAACAUUGUUCAAGGUAGCUUAUGGGACGAUCUGAGUAAAAAAUUUGACAAAAAUCAGAUUGUACUUCCUUUAUUAAUAUUUUUUGAUGACUUCGAAACCGGUAACCCUCUCGCAAGUCAUGCUGGGAAAAAUAAAAUAGGUGCCGUUUACAGUACAAUCGCUACUAUACCACCUAAUAUGUCAAGCCGGGUAGAAAAUACAUUUUUAAGCUAUUUAUUUUAUUCUGAUGAUCGGACGACAUAUGGCAAUAAAGCUAUUUUUAAGAAAUUCAUAUUAUCUUUAAAAAGUUUAGAAGAAAAUGGGAUUAACAUCUGUAUUAAUAAUCAACAACUUAAUAUUAAAUUUGUCUUGGUAGCAAUAACAGGUGAUAAUUUAGGGCUUCAUAGUAUUUUAGGCUUCUUUGAAAGCUUUAACGCUACAAAUUUUUGUAGAUUUUGUUUAAUUAAUAAAGCAGAUUCUCAAAAUCAGUUGUCAAUUAAUCCUGAAUUGAUUAGGAGCAUAGAAGAAUAUGAUAAACAUGUUAAAAAUAAAAUCAAUGUUAAAGAAUCUUGUGUAUGGCAUGACCUGCCUAAUUUUCAUGUUUAUCAAAAUCUUUCUUGUGAUGUAAUGCAUGAUCUCAUGGAGGGCAUUCAUAGAUAUUCAAUGCCUCUUAUAAUUCAUCAUUUGAUUGAAAAGCAAUAUUUUACUCUUGACGAAUUAAAUUCAAGAAUUAAAUAUUUUUUAUAUCAUAACUUAGAAGUAAGUCCAGCAUUUAUUAAUAAUAAUCAUUUAAAAAACAAAUACUUAAUAAUGUCAGCUUCUGAAAUGCUAAGCUUAGUAAGAAAUUUUUGUUUUAUUAUCGGUGAUAAAGUUGAAGAAAAAGAUGAUAUUUGGCAUUAUUAUCUUAUAUUAUUAGAAUUAACAACAUUGUUAACAUCGCAAACUUUAACGUAUGAGUUGGUAGAUUAUUUAGAAGCUUUAAUAAUUGAACACAAUGAAACGUUCAUUAGUUUGUUCAAUGAAAAUUUGAAACCAAAGCAUCAUUUACUACUCCACUAUCCUACAAUAAUAAAAAAAAUUGGACCACCGAUUUUAUAUAGUUCAUUUAAGGGUGAGACUAAACAUUCAGAAAUGAAGAAAGUUUCAGAUUCCAUCCACUGCUAUAAACAGUUGCCUUUGUCAAUUUCUAUUCGAUGUCAGCUGAAAUGCUGCUUUAGAUAUACAUGUAAAAAUGGAUUGGAUAAUGUAAUUAGUUUUAGUAAAAAUAUACAGCUACAUCAUACAAAUGGUAAUGAGUAUUCAGUUGAUUGGUAUCAAAUAAAUGGAGUAAGAUAUAAUAAAGGGAUGGUAAUAGUAAAAGAUUUUGAUGAAACAGAAGAGCCUAUACUUUUUUUAAUUGAAGACAUAUUAAUUAAUAAAAAGAACGACGAAGAUGUUACAUUUGAAUGUAUUUCACUUAAAGUAAUCAAUUUCAAUGCUCACUUUAAUGCAUAUAAUGUUGAUAAAACUAUAGAAAAAGAGUCUAUUGCGAUAGAUAAAUGUUUAUCGCAACCACUGAUGUUACGCAAUAUUUGUGAUGAGUUAUUGUUAAUAUGUUUACUAUAA